GUGUGCUGGUGCUGUAUACCUACGCUGCUUCCGUGGCAGCAGCUUCUGUUCUCAUCGUCUUCAGCACUACCACCACCAUCAGCAGCUUCUUCACCAUUCCAUUCCAUCUCCCUCUCUCUUCCUUCACCGUCUUCAACAAAAACAACAACAACAAAACACCCCCACCUCCAGCAUAACCAAACCACCGCUAACGCCCGCCCCAGCAACAAUGGUCUACACGAUCGUGGUCCACCUCUACGCCAAGGAGGGCAAGGAGGUCGAGGAGAAGCUGCGCAACAAGCUCAUCGAGGCCUCGCAGGUCUACUCCAAGGACAAGGAGACGCUCUCCUGGUUCGUCAUGCAGGACCACAAGGACCCGCGCGCGUGGUGCAUUGUCGAGAGAUACGAGCACGAGAGCUCCCAAAAAUACCACCUCGAGAACCCGUACUGGAAGACGUUCGACCCGUACGUCAUCCCCCUGCUCGACAAGGACAUGGACCUGCGCCGCUUCAACGAGCUCGACACCAGCAAUCCCGUCACCGUCGAGUAGACGAGUAGACGAG